GACCAUGGUUUUCUGCGGAGGGGGCAAGGACAGGUGUGGGCUAGCCUGAGCUCCCGCACUUCACGAGCCGAGGCAUCAGGAUGCCAGUGAGCAAGACCAUCGUCAAGAAGGGAAACGGUGCCGAGGUCUCCCGUGGGCAAUAUGUUACCGUUCACUGCAAAGGAUCUUUUCAGAACGGGGUCGUGUUUUGGGACACCAAAGACCCUAUGUACGAUGUGUUCGAAUUCCAAGUGGGGAAGCAGCAGGUGAUCAAAGGCUGGGACGAAGCGAUACCCGGCAUGCGAGUGGGGGAGAUCGCGACCAUCACUUGUGGCCCCGACACAGCAUAUGGAUCCCAGGGGUUUGAGGCCUGGGGAAUUCCCCCGCAUGCAACUUUGGUAUUUGAGAUUGAAAUAGUUGCAUGCCGCGAGCAACGAUACUUGUGAAAGACCCUGAUGAAAACAACAAUGAAAGAGGGAACAGGGGCAACGGCCCACCCCGGUUAUGAUUACAAACUCGUAUCAUCUCCCUCGGCGGAAUAGUAGUUGGAAUAGUUUUCGAGAAUUUUAGGAUCAUUGAAUAAAAUAGAAUACAUCUU